UUUCACUCUAGUAAAAAUGCAUGAAUUUAAGAUAUUUUAAAUAACUUUGAGUUGUUGAAUCUGUCUAACGACUUUAAUUUUAUUUUUUAUAUCAUAUUGUGUCGUACAGCAUCGUGUCGUAAUGUGAAUGUUUAGAAUUUUCAGAAAUGUUAAUUCUUAAUUUCCAGUAUCUUUAAAUUCAUUGAGUAAAAUUAUAAUGCGUAUAAUGUUCAGAAUUCCAGAUUGUUAUUUUUUAUCCUACUUCGAUAGGUUUCCUUAAUAAUACGCUAGAUAGCGUCGGAACACGAAAUAUUAAUAGGUUAACCCGUCAUUGUGAAAGUUUGCUACUUAGUGUUCAUUCGUAGAUAUUACGAAUUUAUGAAAUUAAAUUUUAUAUGUUGGAUUUCGAACAAGAAAAGCUCUGGUUGAGGUACAAUUACAUAAAAAUUCAAUCUUUCAUGCCGGAACACUACGUCUCUCCUCGAGGUACCAAAAAUAGCCGCUGCGCGUCGCCACGAAGCACCAUAUACCUAGAGCUCAGUUUUUUAAAAAUCCAAAUGGGGACUUACCUAACGAUACUGCAAUCACUUCUUCGUUGAUCGAAUUGGAAACAGUGCGUUCUUCUUUACUUGAGUGCUACGAAAAAGGUUGAAGUGUACUUUUUUUGUAUAAUUUUUUUUACAUACAAGAUAAUAAUUUACAAUAGUUAAAAAAAUGAAAUAUAUGUUGAUACUAUUCCUGCAGUUACUUUGUACAAGUCUGAAUAAUGCUAGAGAAAUUACUUGUUUAAAUGCAACUUCUAGGCAUGAAGAUAUUAAAGACGCAAUGUUAAGUUUAGUACAUAUGAUGCGAGAAAAUACUGAGAAACUAGAACGACAUGAGGCACGUGAACGUCAGUUGGGAGAACAUUUAAAAAAAACACUUGCAGUAUUGACAAAACGUAUGUCAACUAUUGAAUCAUUCAAAACAGAAUUGGCUAAACUUGAUGAGAAAGUAAUAGGAAUAGAACAGUUAAUCUCUCAGAGAGAUGAACGAGAAAGAAUACAAAUGCAAAAGACUCUUGAUAGUUUAGAAGAUUUGGAAAGUCGUUUAGAAGGAUGGCUCACAGAUAUUGAAAAUAAAGUAUCAGAAGUAAAUAAUCGACCAGAUACCACGUUACCACCACUUAAUAAUCAUGGUCAUAUCAUUUCAAAAUUAAAUGACACAGAAUUAGUGUUGAUGGAAAGAAUUUCAAAAACAGAAUCUUUUUUAAAAUCUGAAGCCAUAAAAUUAAAAGAAGUCACAAAUGUUCAAUCAGGAACGAUACAAGCAUUGUUGACUGAGAUCCAAGAUAUUGGUACAAGACUUAGUAAUCUUGAAGUUUCACUGGAAAAAAUUAAGGAACAAUCGCAAAACAUAAAGAAGAAAUUACAAGAACCAGAAUCUGAUGUGAUUUCAAAUAUUGAUAAUUAUGUAAAAAUGUUACCUUCUAUAAAGAAACGUUUAGAUGAUACUUCUGAUCAAAUUAAAGAAUUGCCACAAAUUACUAAAAUACAAAACUUACAUAAUGAAACCCAAAUACUUUUGCAAGAAACUAAAUAUGCAUUAAAAGAUAUUGUUACUAAGGGAGUUAACGACAUUGAAAAUAAAUUAAUGGAAAAUAAAAAUGAAACAAAAGAUACUAUAGGAGCUCUUAGGAUGGAUUUGGCAAAUAAUGCUGAACAUGUAAAUCAAGAAUUAAAUGAUCUUGAAAAAGGACAAUCUGUAAUAGUAUCGAUGGCUGAUCAUGUCUUAGAUACUAAAAGAAGAGUCGAGUAUGGCGUGCAUCAAAUUCUUCUAGAGGUAGGAGAUUUAGUAAAAGCGCAAGGUACAAAUAUUAAUAAUACUCUGAAUCAGAGAUUUGAUGGCAUAUCAAAUGAUAUUAUGGACAAUCAGAAUGGAGCUUUAGCAAAUUUAACUACUAAAAUGGAACAAGAAAUGAAUCAGGUAUGGCGACAAAUAAAUGUUAUGUAUCAGCAAAUGACAGAAAGUGCAAAAGCAUUAGAUAAAUUACAUAAACAAAAUGAGGAAUAUGUUAAUGGUACAACUUUUACUAUGGGUGGAAUGGAAACUAAAGUGAGCGAAAUAACAAAACGUAUGACUGAAGUUGAUAAUAACUUAAAUUAUCUGUUAGGAAGACUUUCGUUAGUGACGCAAGAAUUUAAUCAGAUUAAAACAGGAUUAGGAAAUGCAUUAGAUAAUAUUAAAGCAUCAUUUAAAGAAGUUCAAGAUAAAGCAAACGAUUUGAGGGAUCCCAAUGGACCGCAUCCUAUACGUGAAAAUUAUAAAGAAUUUAAUGAAGCUGAUAAUAAUAAACCGGAUGUUGUGAAAAUAAAAUAAAACAAUAUCAAUUUUAUAUCGAGGAUGUUUUCAUCGUUAAUGGCAUAUCAAGUUAUAUUCAGGAUUUAUGUUUUCUAUAUCAUAAUAUAUUAACAUUCAUGACAGUAAUAUGUAUCAUCGUCAUAUAUUAUAUAAGUUUGUUAAAAUAUAUUAUUUUAACUUUUGUUCAAUGACAAUGAACACAUAGCUUAUAAAUGUAAACACAAAUGAUCUUUAUCAUUAAAUUUCACACGUACUUAGAACAUUGUAAUUUUUAAAUAUCAUGAUAUGUAUAACUUACAUUAUUUUUUAAUAUAUUAUAAAUAAUUAUUAAAUAAUUUCAUUAUAAUAAUUUUUAAGUGCAAAGAAAUUAUAAUUAGAGUCAUUAAAAUAUAAGAAACUUGGAUUAGUAUAUUUUUAUAGUACUAUAUUUUAAAAUUAAUCAACAGUUUGUCGAACAUUUUUAAUGAACAUGAAAGUAUGUAAAUAAGUAUGUAAAAUAUGUAACAUGAAAGUAUUAUUAUGCAAAAAAAAAAUGUUAAUAUAUAUCUUCGUACAGAUUGAAUAUCUAUUAUAAUUAUGUUAAUAAUAAAAUGCUUUAUAAAAAUGUCUUAUGAUCAGUUGAUUGUUAUACUGAUGUAUCUUAUUAUGAUUUUUCAAAAUCAUUUAUUUAAAAAAGGAAUAUAUAGUUUUAUUUUACCAUACUAUAGUAUUACCAUGUAUUGAUAAAUUGUCACUUGAUAUAAGAAUGACCUACAUUCUUCUAAAUGUGAUUAAAAGUAAUAAUUAAAAUCCGUAAAUAUUUAGUUUCUAUAAAUUUCAUAUAAAUACAUAGUUUAAUAUAAAUACAUGGUUCAAUAAUAGUUCAAUAAUAGUUCAAUACUACUUAUUGUAUUGAAAUUAAAUAAUUAAAUAAUAUAGCUAUUAGUAAGAAAAGACAGAUGAGAAAAU